UAUUCGGCCGCCUCCCUCCCUUACAACUAUACUAUACUGCUAUACAGCCCCCGGAACCGCGAUCUACAGCAUGUCGACAGGAGACCUUUACCUAGCCGCCGACGAGAGGGCCCGCGCCGCGCGCCGUGCGGGGCUCCAGGCGAAGAAGGACGAGCAGCCGGCGAAUACAGCGCGGAGCUACGCGUCAAAACAGCGCGAGUGGAAGAAGUGGUGCCUUGCGCCCCGUAUAGCUAUAGACGGGUCUUCCUACAGCUGGCCUGACGGGGAGCUUGUGACCCCUGACAAGCUGGCGGCGUGGCUCAGCGAGGAUAUCCUCCUCCGGCGCGUCAAGACCCCUGCAGGCCGGAGGCACCUGCAGCCGCGUAGUGCAGCCGGGCAGCUACGCAGGGAGCAGGACGACGCGGCUGCCCUGACUGAGGCGAAGACCCUGGCUGCAGACCUUUACCUUACACCUACAAGAGGCGUACAGCCAGACCUGGACCCAGAAGUGCCGGCAGGACCAUUACUUACGCGGGGUACAGUCGACGCCUAUAUUGCGGCUGUAAUUGAGCUCUGGCGGGUCCAGGUAGCCCAUGGCAACUGUAAUACGGAGAACCCCCGCGGCGCUGCAGUCCGUGGCUUCCUUGAGCAGCGUGGGCGGCAGCGCGGCCGGCUAGACCGGGAGUCCUUCCAGGACCGCGGGAAAGAAGGGAUUCAGGCUGGCUAUUCGCCUGAGGAGUGGCUCCGUAUACAGGACCUCCUACUCGGCGGCACUGCACUACUCCCGCAGAACCUACGUACCCGUGUGGACCUACUCUUUGGCCACUACUACCUCCUGCGCGGCGAGAACCGGCGGAAAAUGGAGCUGGCUGACCUGUCCCUUCUUGACUACCCUGCUUCCGAAGGCCCUACACCCUGCAGCUGCCUUGUAAGCCUGCUGCAAGACGGCAAGCUGAAUAAGACAGCGCGGAAGGAAUUUAUGGGCGCCCUCCGCCACAAGGACCCCCUCCUCUGUACGCAGGGAGCUCUCGCACAGCUUUUCUUCUGGCGGUGGCAUAUUGCAGGCGAGGCGCCGCCGUCCUUCCGGCGCCGGCAGGACUGGUACCGUAUUAAAGUCCUUGUUGGCCAGGACCGUGAGCAGGAGAUUUCAUACGCUACGCAGCUUCAGGAGACGUGGCGUAUAUUUGGCGCCGCCGGGCUAGUCUCAGCAAAGAAGACGCACCUCCCGCGAAGGGUAGGCGCGCAGGACGCCGAGACCUACGGCACCUCCUUAGCGCAGAUCUCGCAGGCAGGCCGCUGGAACCAAAGUGUGCUUGUAAAGGCCUACCUUACACACCUGCCCCGGCAGUUCAUGCGGGUUGUGGCAGGCUUCUCAAGCACAGCUGGCGACUACUACCUCCCCCGCGCAGCCCAUAAGCCGCCGCAGCAGCUGCAGAAGCAGCUCUGGCCGUGGAUUGAGGAGUGGGAGCCACGCUUUGCAGCCCGUGCGUGCCGGGAGGGCUGGGCAGAGGGGGGGCUUGACAAGGACGACUUAGCCGCUGACGGCUUUAUCAAGCUUCUCCAGCACCUGCGGGAAGUCCUGCUCCAAGACUUAGCAGUCUUACAGCCGCGCUACCCGUCCCUACCUUUCUUUGCGCACGCGCCGUUCCACGGGCCUGACUGGGAUGCCUUUGCCCGCGCAGUACGGGCAGACGCUGUCGCCGGCGAGCCGCAAAGCUUACUCCUGCAGCGUGCACUGCCAGAGCUAAGCUCUGUCCUGGAGAGUAUGCGCGAGGCAGUCCUUCAUAACAGUACACGCCUUGCAGGCCAGCUUGACGGGCGGCUUGGGGAGCUCCAGGGCAGCUUUGAAAGCCAGCUGCAAGGUCUACGCGGAAGCCUCGACGCGCUGAUCCAGGGCCGUAUCCCGAUCACCCUGACCGGCUACUUCGGGCCGCCGCCGCCGCAGGACCCUACUUUGGCAGUGACGACUGUGCCGGCAGUGCCAGGGCUAGUCAGUGCAGCAGGGUUAGCCAACCUUGCCGCAGCUUCUACGCCUAGCAUAAGCACGCCUAUAUACGUAGCACUGGCUAAGGCGUAUACAGUGGCAGAUACCUGGCGCGAGUGGAAGGAAGGGCUUGGUGGCCGGCCGGCUAUACAGUCGCUAGAGGAGACGUGGGGGAGUAGCUGGCGGCCAGGCAACGCAGUACGGGUCCAAUUCUGCCGUCGGAAAGUUAUCUGGGAUGCUAUACAGGGCCGUGUAGCUGGCGGGGCAAGUGAGGAGGAGGCUGUCGCUGAGCUUGAGCUUCUGCGCGCCGGCCGAAGUCUAAACCGGCUUGUUGAUAACCUUAAGCAGCGCCGGCAGCACGGGCAGAGGGCCUGUAGUAGUACGCCUGCCGGCCGCGGGCAGGGCCGGGCACGGCGCUUCCAGCUGUUUGGGAGGCGUGGUGGGCUGCAGAGACAUGCUGUAGCUACAUAGUCUGCCUUAGGAGCCUCCGUUAGGGAGCCCUAUACAGGCCAAUAUAAUAUAUAUAACACGAUACCA